AAUUGUUAAAGUGAAUCCACUUGUACACGAAGACGUGUUGUCUUUCUUGAAGCAAGCCCGGGACAAUCCGCCAUUAUGAUACCUGAAAAUCUGUUGCGUAUCGUACUUAGUCUUUUGAUUGGUGCGCUUCUAGCACAAUCUAGCCAAGAUUGCGAUGGCGAAAACCAAGCCUCCUUCCAAGGUUACUGCUACAGUUUCUUCGUCAACGACACUGAACAUGCCGCCAGUUUGGCAGAGGCAAAAACCAUAUGCAAUCAGUUGAAUGGGUCGAGUCUAGUCAGCGUGGAAAGUGCUGAGGAGCAGAGGUUUCUUGAACAGGCAGUGACAUCACGGAAGGGUGACAAACAAACAUGGCGGUUCUGGACCAGCGGUGAAGGAAAGUUAGACAGAUGGAAAUGGAUAAAUGAUAACAAACCGCUUGGGCUGCAGGGCUGUUUAACCUAUCGGAAGGGCAUGUCUCCGAAAAGAAGAUGCUCAAUCACACAUACUUUCGUUUCACCGGAAGAUUGCCAGGAACGGUGCCGCCAGAACAGAAACUGUUACUUCAGUAUUUCAACGGCUGCUGUCUAUAAGAAUAAUGAUGCUAUCAUGUGCGUGUGCUUCGAUGACAAAUUUUGGGGAAAUGCAAAAUAUUCGGACACGUGUACCUUUCCUUGUCCGGGCGACAACUCAACUACGUGCGGUGGCAAUAAGGCGUACCAUAUCUACAAUAUCAAUGGGACCUAUACUGCUUGGAGUACCACCGCCGAUUCGAGCAUCCUUGCUCGAACAUGCGCUAAGAUGGACAGGGACGCUGGUUACCUCUGGGCAAAGGCAGAUUGCAACGAUAAGAUUGGAUACAUUUGUCAAAACGACAUACAAAAUGGCGAAAUCUGCCCAGCGUCUUUUAUUGAAGUCGGCGGUUCAUGCGUGCAGGUCAACACGGAACCGACCACGUGGUUUAACGCCAGGAUGGCGUGUAAUCGGCAGGCGGCGACACUGGUCUCAAUCCGCCAUGACGAAAUGCAAAUGGGGCUAGUCGAAAAGCUGUUAUCAGGAAACGGGAACGGCAGCUCUUCGUUCUGGAUUGGUGCCACCAGUUUUACUUGGAAAUGGGGAAAUGGCAAUGACAUAAUCUACACGGACUGGUUGGGCGAUAUGCCAGUUUUGUCCGACAGGAACGUGUUCGUCACCAUGGUUUAUGAUCCAAGCAAGAAUGAGUCGAAUACUCUUGGCUGGCGAACCUUGCCGAAUCUUAAAGACUCAUUAUUUAAAGAUGGCUAUGUAUGCGAAAAAGAAGUACCAAAGAUCACCACGACAACAACAACACAUGUACUGGUGACAACUUCCAGUCAUACCGGGAAGCCACCAAUCUCAGACGCAACAACUUCAUCACCAAAUGAUACUCCAAUAGAUCCUGGUUUCCAGACGGGGGAUAAAUCAGGCGGCACGAUACCAGGAGCUGCCAUUGGCGCCAUUAUUGUUAUUGCUAUAAUCAUCAUCAUCGCCAUAGUGGUCGCCACCAUCAUCAUCAAGAGACGAAAGCAAGGCACUGAACUGACAACCCCCAAUGGCUCGGUCUCCACCGGCUUCGGAAACCCCGCGACUGACCCCAGCAUCAACCCUGGCGACUCGAGAGCUGUACCAGACGACUACGAGGUACCAUCGUCCAUAUUGAGAAAUCAACCAGUGGAUGAUGUUGUUACGUACAGAAAGCAGGACGACAAGGUCGAAACUCCAACCCUACAGAGAUCGAGCUUUGAGAACCCUUGCUACAGAAGCUAUGACGACAUCCUCGACGCAACCGGAAAUGACGUAUAUGAACUUGAGAUGCCGGAAGUAGACAUCGAUGGUGACCUUGCCCUUUACGACAACAAUCAACCAGAUGGCAAUGUUUAUGAUAACAACAAUCGUUGAUUUCGAGUCAUUGAUGACAGAAACGGAAUAAUGAAUUUUUCUUUUAAUUAUCUACAGAAUAAGGCAUGGGCAUGGCGAUGAAACCAAGCUCUGAUAGUUCGGGUUGAUUAAAAGAAUAUAUGAUAUUGUGCGAUCGCGUAUCAAAGUCAAGGUCUUUCUCAUGUCGCUAGAGAUAAAUCCUUACACAAGACAGAAAACUGGAGAGAAUACUGUCAGCAUCACUGGUCCUUUUCAACUUAUUCUGAUACCAGCAGUGGACCGGCCUCGUUCGACCAAAUUAGGAUGACGCAAUGUGCUGCCCAGGGAGUCUAACAGAUGUCGAUUCCUUGGGGUAUUUUGAACCUGAUGAAGUCUGUUUUCACAAACAAAAACUUUGUAAUAGAACAUAUUUCACCUGUGAUUAUUUGACACUGUAAAGUGUACUUUGAACGAUUGUUCCUGAUCGUGGCGGUGUUUUUAAAUGUCGACUGUGAUGUUUACAGCCUGUUUUGGGGUAGACUUAAUAUGUUGAUAGCACCGAAAACUUGAUGAAUUCAUCUGUGAUAUUUCCAUUAAAUAAGAUUAUCUUAUUCAAUCAAA